CGAGGAACAGUGCCGGGGACCAAUUCAGCAGACGCGUAGGAAGUACCUAUGGAAUAAUGAUAUUGAAGCGCGGGCUUCUCGACUACCAGCAUUCAUAGCUCAGCCCAGCCCAAGACGACCAUGCACGCGUCAUGGAGCCGCCGUCCAAGCGCCCGCGAUUCGGCCCGGCUCCGUUCGAGGACGACCCGGAAGCCGACGAACUGAACGAGCAGCCGGAAGAAGUCAACGCGCGACGCGAUCCCGCCGUCCAGCUCGAGCGGUCGCGCGCAUUCGCCGCCUUCAAGCUGAAGUCGGCCUUUGAGCGCAUUUUCGAGAAGUACGAGAAAGAUUUCACGGGCGUCGGAGACGAGAUCGACCUGAGAACGGGCGAGAUCGUGGUCGACAACGGGCAUAUCCAGUCGCUGAAGAAUGCGCAGCUGGGUGGCUCCGCUGAGGGCGAGGACAGUGCAGACAGCGGGGAUGGGGCGUCUGAGGCUGGGUCUCUGAAUGAGGAGGAGAGGAUGUUGAGGGGCAAGGCUGAAAACCGGCUCAGCCAACUUGGGCACAACGCGCUGCCCAUGGUGCCUUUAGGCAUGGGGCCCUCCCACUUCGCGAGAGGAGCAUGGUCUGCAUCCCAUUCGCUCAUGGGACUGCCCCCAAUGCUUCCCACCAUGGGGUACCCGGGCCAGAUGCCGUUCGGAGGCUUUCCAAUGCAGUACGGCACCCCGAUGUCCAUGGCGGCGACGGACCCCACAUGGAGGACCCCUGAGUUGCCGUCGACGUUCGUCGGACAUCGCAUGCUCACCGGAGAAGCCACGCCUUCGGUCCGCAAGAAGGUGGCACGUCUGUCGCUGAGCGCUGCCCGCGGCCAAGAUACCGGCGAUGAGGACGACAUUUUCUUGCGUCCCUCCGCGACCAAGGACAAUGGCAGCUCCGAGACGCCCGCCAUCAAGAAAAAGCUUCUUCUGGCACGACAUGCUCCUGAGCAAGCCCCGUCCAAGAAGAAGAAGGGGAUACCGGCACAAACUCAUAAGCAGAGUGGGACAAAACCAGACAGAAAGGAGGAAAAGGGUGCCAAGGCCCCAGCUGUCCCAAAGCAGAAGGUCUCGAAGAGCACGCCCGAUGCGAGACCAGACAGUACAAACCCGCGGAGGACUUCCCCAAAUUUUGGUGCAACAGGUCUGGCUGGGAAGACUGUGACCUCUAUCGCGCCGAAGCAAACUAAUACGACUGGGCCCGCACGCCGUACCUCUGGCUUCGACACUGCCACAAAAGAGGUUACUAGGAAGGUCGUACCACAAAGGAGCGAAGCGGUGGACUUCACUCCCCACCCAAAUCUACGAGAAACCGUACCGGACUCCGAGGAUCUUGAUGUCUACAUCAACCUCUCCGAUGGGCCAAGAAAACAUACGAGAAAGCCGCGCAAUCAGACUCUUCGAGUCGAACUACGCGCAAAGAACCCGCAAGACGCCCGUUCUUUCCAAGCUCUCACCCCGGAACCGAGUGAAUCGAGUUCCCCGCCGCCUCGGGGGAGUGUCCCGGACGAAUCCAGCGGUAAUUCAGUUCUUGCGAUUCUCGAAACCCAGGGAUCGUCCAAGGCAGUUCCAGCUGCAAGUACAGCACCUGAGAAGAUUGAUCAGGCUGGGGCGACAGUAGCAGUGGAAGAGUUCUCGAGAAACAUUGUCGAUCCGACAUACGCCUUUUCGGACGAAGAAGAACCGGCAUUACCAAAACGAAGAACACUGCAUUGCAAGCCAAACAAACCGCUGGAUGUCUCCAGCACGGAAGCUGGGGUGCUCCGCGAACGAUGUCAGAACCUGGAUACGAAGGUGGCGAGCCGGGAGCGGGAACGGACCGUAGACAAGCGAGUCCAAAAACCUGAUGAUUCGGCUGUUCCCCGAGCUGAGUCGCCAACAUUAAGCCUUCACCUGGACGAUGUUGUUGACCAUCGCGAGAAUAACCCCGAAGGAGCAUAUGCAGAUCCGGCGGCCAGAACACUCGAACAACAAAACGACGCAAAGAGGCCUGCACCUGUCGGAGCGACAGAGCGGUCGAGGAGAUUGCGGCGACCGACUUCCCAGGCGGAGGAACUCGUGAUUGCUGCCCCAAGUUCAGGCCCAUCGACUGCAAGCACGCAGCGGACGACGGCAGGAACCAACAGAGCGAAGGCACCUUCGUCUGAGACUAGGAAGUCAAAGAGGUUGAGCAAGACUGCACUCCAGAACACUCCAACCAAACCGCCUCGUGAAGCAGAUGCCCACGAAAGGAAUGCUUGGGGCCGGUCAGCAAAGCAAGAGAUAGCCCAGACAUCGCCCGCCGCUCACCCAGAGAACUGUCCCCAUCAAGCGACUGAAUCACCAGCAUUAACCUUGGGUCCACACUCUGACCAUGACGCCCGUGGAGAAGUCUCGGGAGCGCACACCGAAGCGCCGUCUCCAACCCUGACCGACCCGACAUCCAAACCCUCAACCGUCCGCCCAUCCCCCUCCGCGUCCAAACAACAUGCACCCCGCUCAGGCCCUCGCACCCCCGUAAAGACCCCCCGUCACCGACCCUCCAAACCCAACCCAGUGCCAGGAUCAGCCACAACAACAACAUCAACGAAACGAAAAGGCAUCCUCUCCCUCCUCCCCGAUAACGACGACGAAGAGGACGAGCUCUCCAUCCUCAGCCCCAUCCGCCCCGCCUCGGGCCCAGGCAGCACCACCGUCCGCUCCACGCCCGCAGCCCAUCACGUCCGCCUGGGCCUGGUAGCGCCGACGGGGAGCAGUAGCAAGCCAUCGACCUCUUCAAAACUCAAGCUCCAACGAGCCGUCGCUCGCGGCUCGGUUUCGAACGGAAUUCCUGCUGCUGACGGUGCUGACGGCGCGAGUUUCCGCACCCCGACUAAGAAACGACGGGGGGCGAAGGGCCUCCAGUUGGCAUUGGAGGCUGGCGGUCGCGGUCGCGGUCCUGGCAGCGGAGAGGCGGCGGUGCUGCAAGCCGGGACGCCGGCGUCGGGCCGGCUGGAAUCGGACCUGGUCCAGACGCCCGGGGGCACGAUGCGCCGGUGCGGCGAGGACGGGUUCAGGUGCGAGCGGGAUUUCUGCUUUUCUUGUUUGUAGGUUUAACAAGAAGGACACUCGGAGGAGAAGGGGGACAGUCGGAAGAGAAGGGGGAUUGUCGUUUCAACUAAGGAUGAGGAGAGAGAGAGAGACCGAUGCUUU